AGCAGCACGACGCGUCUGUUGCUUGCUGCCUUUCAUCAUGCAAAAACGAGCCACUCCAGACACCGGCAACACACCAGCUAUUGUUGGUCCACUAGCAAAACGACGAGCAUACCAUCCAUGGAUGGAACCAUUUGAGCUAGGCAAGAAAGCCUUUGCUGAAGCAAAGUAUAAAGAAGCCGUCGGUCACUUUUCGAACGCCAUCAACCUCAACGACAGCAGCAACAUAACGCUGAUCGAUUGCCGCGCAGCCGCGCAUGAAAAGGAUGGAAACCUUACCAAGGGAUUGGAAGAUGCAUUAACAAUGAUCAAGGCUAGCCCAACACACUCUAAAGGGUACCUUCGAGCCGGAAAACUUUUCUCGCUCCAAGAACGUCUCCCAAAAGCUGUCGCAGUUUACGAUCGCGCGUUAAAGACAGUUGCAAAAACAGAUCCACGCUAUACCCAGUUGACCGAAAUGAAAAAGGCAGUACAGAAGCAGCUCAAGAAGCAAAAGCAACAGCGAAUCGACUUUGUUAAAGUACUGCCAUUCGAUAUAAUCGAGCAUAUUUUCGAGCUGCUCUCCUUUGAACGGCGGAUACAAUGCAUGGCUGUCUCCCGUUCCUGGCGCACGCUGCUAAAGGGCUGGUCUGGUAUGUGGCGAGAAAUCGACUUUAGCUCGUCCAAGCUAUCGGCACAUGCGAUGAAACAGUACAUGUCUUAUGUCAACGGCCGCUACAUGCGCAAAUUUACGAUGGCUGGAAACCGUAACCGAUCAAACAAAAUGCUGCAACUAUUGAUAGACCGUGAUUGUCACUAUGUUGAAUGCCUUCGAUUUAUCGAGUGCGACCUGCAACUUGAUUUGCUUUUACGCACUCUGCGGCUUAUGGGAAGGCAUUUAAGGUUUUUGCAGCUGACGGAUACGGGCAUCCCAUUAUCAACACUUUCGGAAGUUCUCGAGAUCUGUCCAACGAUCUCUCGAAUAGUAUACCAGGACGAGACACCUUCAGACUUACAAAUCAAGAAAGCGCUUGCUCUCACGCACAUAGAAUUAUCGUUUACAAGCAGCCGAUCCAUUGACUUUGCAACUCUGAAAAACCUACUUGUACACUGUCCACAUCUGACACAUCUUGCGCUUUAUCCCCCGUACGGCGAUGCUGUAUUCUCGUUGGCAUGGCAGUCGUGUCCUCAGUUGACCAGUUUCCGUUACCAGCAGCAUCAUGCCGGCUGGGAUGACAUGGCAGCAUCAGCAACAGCAGCACCAAAGAAACGUGGAAUCUCCGAACUAGGAUUUCCCACGUUCUGUGAGAUUAGCGACGACACUGUAGCAUCUGCCAUUCAAACGAACCACAAUACUUUGGAGAUCCUUGACAUACGUGGUUGUGCACGACUAACCUCGCAAAUAACGGAACGACUUUCUGCUGUCGGCGCACCACAGCUACGUGAAUUAUAUAUAGAGAACUCAGCAGCAUUCACCGAGGCCAGUUUGUGUGCUGUCUUGCAGAGUUGCACGGCUCUACAAGUGGUGCACCUCCAGUCCGUAGCCUCGGUGACAAACACAGUUCUUAAGGCAUUAAGCGGAGCAACGAUGCUGAGAAAAGUUAAUAUAUCAAACUGUCCCAAAGUCACGGGUACUGGUUUGCGACAGCUGGUGGAUAAUGUGGAUGGAUUGCAACUACUAAUGCUUAACAACUGCAAUGCCAUAAGCCAAGAUGCAGUCAGUUAUGCGCGCGACAAGUUGGGACGACAUGGGGUUGAAUGUAGAUACAGCACGUAUAGAUAAACUGUUCACUACCGCCAUGCUCCUCCACGAUAAAGAUGUAAAUAUGUAAAGCUUAUCUGUCCGGAACUUGAAGAGCUAAUUGAACCUUAUCAAGGAAGUGUAAGCCCGCAAAAAAACCGUAUAAUAAAGACAAUUUAUCAACCCGCG